CGCAGAGCCAGGAGGAACUCUCUUUCUUUUUCUCUUCACGAAAACAUUCGCUUCCUCUUAUUUAUUCGCCCGCAUAUUGUCUCUUCUGGGUGCCGCCGCUUGACGACUGGGCUCUAUUCUUUUGGCUGAAAAAUUCCAGUAGAACAGCGCCACGGAAUAACAAACACACAUACGCGCAUUUACUUCUUUCCCUCUUGGUAGCCCGCCUGCUCCCCUGUCCUGCGUCUCUUUCCUUGCAACCCUUCUAUUUCCACUCGUUUUAUUAUUUCCAAUUCCAGCAACAUGGGAAUUCCCAAGAUUACCGGGUUCACGCCCACCGCACGCAUGUACAAGCUCGGCGUGAUGCUGGCUGCCUCGGUAACGGUCUGCUUCACGCUGUGGCUGGUCUCGCACUCGCUCGGUACCCAGACAACCGCCAACCUGCGCACCAGCCUGCCUCUGCCAAACAUCCUCAAGGGCAGCCAACAGCAGCAGCAACAGCAGCAGGAGCAGGAGCAGAAAGACAUGUACGGGAUCACUACCGACUCAAUUCCGCCUGCCCGCAUCUCGUACGAUGAGCCAGUUGCCGGCGAGCGUGUGAACGCCGCCAUCGUUGUGCUGGUGCGCAACUCUGAGCUGAACGGCCUGCGCAAGAGCAUGCGCAUGUUUGAGGAUCGCUUCAACCGGCGGUUCAAGUACCCGUACGUGCUGCUGAACGAUGAGCCGUUCACACAAGAGUUCAAGGACGGCAUCUCGGCGAUCACCAAGAACGAGCUGCGCUUUGGCACGCUGAACGAGACCUACUGGGGCUACUCGAAGAGUGUGACGCCUGAGAAGACCGCCGAGAAGCUCGAGUACAACAAGAACCGGUACCUGUACGGUGGCUCGCUGUCAUACCGCUUCAUGUGCCGCUUCCAGUCGGGUCUGUUCUACAAGCACCCGCUGGUGGCCGACCUGGACUGGUACUGGCGCCUGGAGCCUGACGUCGAGUACUACUGCGACAUCGACUACGACCCCUUCGUUUACAUGAAGAAGAAGGGCCUCAAGUACGGUUUUACCAUUGCGCCGCGCGAGGGCCGCCGGACGGUCGAGACUCUGUGGCACCACACACGCGAGUGGAUCAAGAAGAACCCGCAUCUGCUGCCCGAGAACUCGCUGGUCAACUGGGUCAUGGGCACCGACGGCAACUACAACCUGUGCCAUUUCUGGUCCAACUUUGAGAUUGUCGAUCUGUCGCUGUACCGCAGCGAGGCCUACGAGUCAUACUUCAACUACCUCGACGACGCACAGGGCUUCUUCUACGAGCGCUGGGGCGACGCCCCGAUCCACUCCAUUGCCGCCACCCUGCUCCUGCACAAGGGCCAGAUCCACUGGUUCGAGGACAUUGGCUACCAGCACCCCGGCAACAUGCACUGCCCGCGCGACCCCGCCAUGCACGCAAAAUGCAUUUGCGAUCCCGGCAAGGCCUACACGUACCGCUCGGCGUGCCAGACGCGGUUUGCCAAGGUUAACAACAUGACCAAGGCCCGCAUGCUGGAGAUUAUCCACGACACCGAGCCCAAGGAGGAGGAAGAGGGCGAGCAGCAAGCGAACGGUGCUGAGCAGCCCAAGAAGCAAUAGGCGCGCUACUCCAGCCCCCUCCCUUUGCGAUACCGCUGUCUCUCGCGCCUGCCCUGUACCAUAGCCCUCCCUCAAAAGUUAGCCCUCUUUCCCGCUCCCUUCAGUAGCCUCCCUCCGCAUACAUCUUUUUUGGCUGCCUGUCUCCUCAUCCUCCCCUUCCUUCACACUGCCAAUCCGCCGCUUCCUCCCUUCACCUCCCUCCCAGGCCAAUCUCUAGCUCUAGCUUUUUACACUUUUUAUCUUCCACUUUUUUCUCCUAUAGAAGGAAAAAUAUACUUUUUUCUCGGAAAC